AUGAGUGAGGAUAAACCGGUGUUGGACUAUUCGGUCUAUCUGGUUACGGGAAGAGAACUGCUGCCAACAGGAAAGACCUAUCUUGAAUCGUUGGAAGAGUCUCUUAUAGGAGGCGUUACGUUGGUGCAGGUUCGGGAGAAACAGGUUGACACGGGCGAGUUCAUCCGAAUCGCACAAGCCACAAAGGAAGUCUGUCGAAGACACCAAGUCCCUGUCCUCAUCAACGAUCGCAUAGAUGUUGCCCUUGCGAUCGGAGCAGAUGGCGUUCACAUAGGCCAGUCCGACAUGCCCGUGAGCAUCGCCCGAAAGCUCCUGCCCCCCAAUGCGAUCAUUGGGAUGACCUGCAACACGUCUGAACAUGUCCAGCAAGCCAUCAAGGAUGGUGUCGACUACAUCGGUCUAGGUCCUGUUUGGCCCACGACUACGAAGAAGGACGCCCAGGGAGCUGUAGGUGUGCGAGGCAUAGGAGCUAUGUUGGAGAUCCUUGAGACCGUCCCGGAGGGUCGGGGAAUCAGAGCCGUUUCGAUCGGAGGCAUCAAAUCAACCAACGCGUUGCACUGUCUCCACGGGUCCGUAUCGCCAUCGGGCCGCAUAUUGGACGGACUUGCCGUUGUCAGCGACAUCGUGGCUUCCAAUGACCCACGUGCAGCUGCGAACAGGAUUGCAUCCGUUGUCCAGGCAUUCAAGACGAACCCAAUCACUACCUUUUCCUAUGCACCUUCGGCCUACCAGCCAGCCUCCAUCAAGCACGCCGUGGGCGAGUUGCUCUCUGUCGUAAGGCAGCACUCGCCCCUCAUUCAUCAGAUAACCAACAACGUCGUCACCACGCAAUCUGCCAAUGCCACUAUCGCCCUCGGCGCGUCGCCCAUAAUGGCCACCGCCCCGGAGGAGAUGGCAGACCUCAGCGCCGCCGCCGGCGCGCUGCUCGUCAACUUCGGCACGAUACAGAACCUCGACGGCAUGCUCUCCGCAGGCCGCAACUACAACUUGCGCCGCAAGCCCGUCGUGUUCGAUCCUGUCGGCGUGGGCGCGACUGCGUUCCGCAAGUCCUCGGCCGCCGCCCUCCUCGACGCAUGGCAGGCAACGGUCAUCAAAGGCAACGCCGGCGAGCUCGCUGCGCUCGCGAACUGGGCUGAGGUUGAGGCGAAGGGGGUCGACAGUGUGGGCAAAGGCUUCGCGGACCCGGCGGGCUUCGUGCGCCAUCUCGCGAAGAAGCAGCGCGCGAUCGCAGUGCUCACCGGCAAGGACGACUACAUCUCCGACGGCGACCGUGUUGUGCGGCUGUCCAACGGGCACCCCCUCUUAGGGGAGAUCACAGGCUCCGGGUGCAUGGUCGGUACCGCCGUCGCCACGUUCUGCGCGGCCGCCAGCAUCGCCGCGAUGAACAGCCGUGCGCCCGAUGCUCCUGAGGAUGCUCAAAUUGCGCGCGGCGACAUGUUCACCGCCGCCGUUGGGGGGGUGCUUGCCAUCACCAUAGCAUCUGAGCUUGCUGCGGCUAAAUCCGACAUCGUCCGAGGAAGCGGGACGUUCCUCCCGGCUCUCAUAGACGAGCUAGGUGCGCUUACCCCCGAGAAGAUUGUUAUUCAUGCCAAGGUGGAGGUGAUGUGA